UUUUACGAAGGUUUUGGAUGGUACCUAUUUUAGACAAAUUCAUACAUUUAUCGCUACAUUUUCUAUUAUUUAAAAGUUUUAUAAGAAUCUCAUGUCACCGACCUAGAGCUCGCGACCUCAAAUUUUAGAAGAAACGUAGUUGACUACUAAUGAGAAAUGGCUCAAAGCUCCCACGGAGGUAGCCACCGGAGACACCGGGAGCAUGAUGGGGCUCCACUGCGGUACACCAGCUCCGACUGGGAGGCCAAGGAGGCCCUGUACCAGCGAGAACUUGAUGAAGCUCGAGCCCGAGCCACACAGAUGGAGAAAACUAUGCGGUGGUGGUCCGACUGCACCGCCAACUGGAGGGAAAAAUGGAGCAAGGUACGUACCGAGCGCAAUAAAGCACGGGAGGAGGCCAAGCAGUUCAAAAACAAACUAGACGCACUAACAAAAGAAAUAAACUCCAUUAGAGCUGAGAAGAGCGAACUAGAGCAUCAAGUGUUAGAUGUUAAAAGGGACAAUGAAAAACUACUUAGUAUAGGCGAGAAUAGAAUAGUAAAUGCUGACCUCACUCCUGAUGAAGGAGUGGAGUUGAGGAGGAAAAAUGUAGGAUACGUGUCACCUGGAGAUGCCCCCUCGCGACAGAGAGCCUCCCUAGACUCACAUAAGUUCUCAAAUGUUGACAGUGUACUCGCUAAUAAAUUAAGUGAGAUGCGCUUGAAACUAGAUGAGACGUGCAAAAGCCUGCAAAGCGAAAAGGACCAGAAAGCAUUCCUGUUAGCUAAAGUGGAAACAUUGACUGCCGAACUACACAAUGCUAAAAUGGACAUGCACAACGAUAGAACACUCGGUUCCACAGAUUCUAGUCACAGUGAAGUGGAGCGGCUGCAGAAUGAACUACAGGACGAAGUAGCAGCCAAACAAGUGCUGGAAGAAAAAAUUGCAGAGUACAAAAUGGAGGUGGAAAAGCUGAAAUCAGAGAACAACAUUCAGUGGAGCAAACGGGAGCUGCUAGAGACAGAGAACAUUGCUAUACUGAGAGAGAACAAGAAGCUAUACAGCCAGGUUUGCGAGCUGAGAGAGCAGAUACACAAGCUGAAUAGGAUUUCGGAUGGUAGUUACAGUUUACACGAGCAUGGCAAAUUGGACUCGAAUGUGUUGUACGUAAGGAAGUCAAGCACUAGUCCCCGGUCUCGAGACGCGUCCAGUAAUGGCUCGUCGGAUGGCAACCUGGCUCAGUACGACAGGAAGACCAACACUUCAGGCGAGGACGACGACUUGGCGAUAGUAGAGAGUGAUCACUUACAGUAGAGGAAAAGCUCCAAUUCGAUUCUGGUUUUCAGAGGAUUUUUUCGUUGGGACGCGCAAAAUUUUCUUUCGACUUGUGUGUCUUUGCUGUGUCACGUUGACAUGAUAUUAUUCUAUGAUCUCUUCCGUUUUUCUCUGCAGUGCAAGUUUUCCAAUUUUGAAAAUAGUUUGUGAAAGUUUCAUUCCAAGUUGCAUUUUCCGUAAAAUUUCAUUCCGGAUAUUUUAUAAGUUACUCUCGUUGUAACUAGGAAUAUAGUAUAGCUCCAAUGUAGAGUUAAGUAUAUCUUUGUUAUAAUUAGGCAGCACAAAUUGCCAUUACCGAUGUGCGGAACGAAGACAUUGCUUUAGGCACAGAAGUAAUAAAACUAUGGUUUAAAUAUUACUUAACUUAACCAGAAGACAAAACACAUUGAACUUAUGGUCCAUGCCAGCAGCUUAUACAAAUAUGUAGCGGGAAUAUUUUAAAAUUAGUAUCGAUACAGGAAACAUUAAUGUAUUUUUAUGAUUGCAAGGAUGUAAGUACCUUAAAUCAAAAAAAUAUUCGUGCUAUCACAUCGGGCGAAAAGUCAAUGUCAGUAUCCGAAAACUUAAACGACUCUGCGUUUUGUUAAUAAAUCGUCACGUGCAAUGUUUGUGCCAAAAAUAAACUAGUGAAAAUAUGGAAAUUUCUCACAAAUCUAAAUUAGGUAGGUCAAAAUUAUGUACCUACAGGACUAAAAUAUUUGUAAAGGUAUAAAAUAACAUAGGUUGUUAUUGUACUGGGAAAUACUUGUUGUUACUGAUUGUGAUAGUUUAGUUUUUAUUAAAAUUAGGUACUAUUUAAUUGAUAAAGAGUAAAAUUAUUGUGUAUGGCUUCCUGUGGAUAUUUUAUGAAAACAUUAAAUUAAUAAUUACUACCAGCCUGUGCUAAUCACACAUCUAUCCGAAAAUUUACAUAAGAAGAUGGGUCUGACUUGUUUAUUAUUUGUGAAUUCAGUUUAAAAAGCAAUGAUUUGUUAUCAUGUAUGACUCAUACUAUCUUGCUUACGUAUAUGUAAUAUUUUUACAUAUGUUUAUGGCCUAACCUUAUUAUUUUGUAUAAGAAUAAUUUCCACGAAUUAAAAAUAGUUACAUGUAUUAUUUAAUAGCCUUCAAUGACUUGCCUUAACAUUUAAGUUGUUAUUAUUAAUAUUUUGUAUUUGUACUCAAGGUGGCCUAAAAUGAUGAAGUUCAAACUAGGUAAUGAAUAUGACCUACAUAAGUAUAGUAUUUAACUGUAAGUAUAAAUUAUGAAUUUAUUUAAGUGUAAUAAAUAUUGUGUGUAUUACGAAACAA